AAGUCUUUCUCCUUAUUUCUACGUUUUGAUAUGCUACCUUACACAAGAAAACGCUUUGGUUAACGCUUAUAACAUGAACAAAUGGACAAUGCUGUGCCGUGGAGUUGUUGCUGCUCGAAGCUUCGCCUCCUGUUUACGUUCAAGGAAUUGUCUGCUCGCUCAAGGAAUCGUUUGGUUUCAUCGACAGAGCUGACAAAGUGAACGAGGUAAAGAAGUUGCAGUCUCAGUGGAGCGUCUACCAGAAGGUACAGUGAAAUUUGAUGAUGUGAGCAAAGACACAUUUCAAGGCACCAUCGAGAAAGUACAUUGUCGGACAAAAAGACAGGAACCGUUAAAUGGUGUGAUAUUGUACAACACAAGCAAUGGUAGUUCACAGCUGCCAUAUUGGGAGAAAGAUGUCUUGGGGGAGUUCACCGUCUUGACUUGGGAUGUUGUUGGUUUUAAAAUUGCUACAGAUCGGCGUGAUUCUUUAAGAAGAGCAACGGAAAUUCAUCUCAUCAAGGAAGUGGAAAGCAGCAAUGGAUGCAAUGUCAGAGAAAGAGGAUUUGUUUCGGCUUUGAAAGACGGCUAUAGCUUUCUUCAAUGUUGCGAUAGGGAUACAAGAUUAUUCUUUCAUUUCAGCGAGUUGAUUGAUGCGUUAUGGAUGUACGCCUGUCAAAGUCGAAUCUUCCGAACGAAGGUGUCGUGAAUGUUAUUACCAAGUAUAGAAACUUCACCAUUUGCAACAAAGGUGUUUUGCACAAAAUAAAGACGAUUAUUUGUAAACAACUUGGUUAUCCUACCGCAGUAUCUGUGGAAGGCUCAAUGUCACUAUCAUCUUUGAUGCAUCAAUCGUUUAUACCUGGAAUUGUCAAAUGUGAUGCUCGAGUGAACGAUUUAUCUCAAUGUGCUAUCACUCAAAAUAAUGAUUGCUCUCAAUACUCGUACGUUACAUGUCAUGUUUGUGAUAAUCCUCUAUUAAAAAACGCAGAAAAAUUCCCAGAUUCUUGGUUUACUGCCUUCCCAAAGAGUCGUAGUGCUGCUAAAGCAAGAAUAUCCAGUGGUAGUUCAUGGUGUGCUCCUGCUGCUAAUGGCAAUCAUUACCUUCAACUGAAUUUUCCGAGUCUUUAUACAGUUAACGUUAUCACUAUCUUUGGAGACAGUUCAAGUUCAAGCUUUGUAACUAAAUAUCACUUGCAGACAAACAUUGAUGGUGUGAACUGGAAAUCUGAAAAAUCCCAGAAGAUUUAUCUAGGAAACAAAAAUGGUUACAAUGAUGCGGCUAUAGAAAAGUUUUCUGGUGGCCUUAAAUCCAAAGCUUUGCGAAUCUUUCCAUUGAAAUUUGUUGGUGCACCGUGUUUACGAAUUGAAAUUUGUGGUGGAGACUUACUCCCAGACAAACCAACAGAUCUCAUUGCAACCAAAUCUGCAUCGACGUACCUCGAGAUAUCAUGGAAACAUCCCAAAAAAACUGGUGUAAAACUUGGUACAAAUAUCUCGAAUCCUCUUACAAGAUAUCUAUUGAUUUUGCUGAAGGAUACUAUGAUUGUUUUUGAUAAAACUCUGGAGGUAACUGACAAAAAACCGUACAACAUUACGAAUCUUGUUCCUUACGCAACGUAUAAAGUUAAUGUAACCGCUGGCAAUUCUGAAGGCUUUGGUAGAUCAACUACAGCUACUUUUAGAACUGCUGAAGAUGUUCCCGAAGGUCCACCUUUAAAUGUUCAAAUUGUCGCCUUAAGCAGUUCAUCGUUAUCAGUUACGUGGGAGCCACCAGACAAGAACAAAACAAAUGGAAAGAUAGUCAAUUACACUGUUUGUAUUACACAUUUGGAGAAUGAAACCUGUUCAAUGAAGUAUAUGAUCGAGGAACAGCGUUUGGACAUAAAUAAUGUGAAACCAGGGACAAAAUAUUAUGUUCGUGUUUUAGCUUCUACAAUAGUGGGAUCUGGAUGUUACAGCAAUGUUACAUGGGUAUUUACAAAUGGAUUGGCACCUGAACUGUCCACCAAGCAGAUUGGAAAUACGUUGACUUAUUUGUUGCAAAAUCCAAAUGUGGAAUAUCGAUAUUUCUAUGUAGUGGCGAUGAAAAAUGUGGAAGAAGAGAGUCGAUUGCCUUCUAACUUUAACAACACAGACUUAGUGACUUAUUCUAAGGCCAUAUCUUCCACACAACCUAUGCCGUAUAUUGCUGCUGUAGUCUCUCGCAGAGACUUUAAGCCUAAUUUUAUACUUGGUGACGGUGAAACCACAACACGGCGUUCCAAUCGUGAAAAUUAUUAUAAUGGCCCUCUAAAGCCUGGCACUAACUACAAAAUAUUUCAGCGCGUUUUCAUAAAUGAUCAGAGUGAUUAUUAUUCCACUGACUGGAGUCCAGUGGCAGCAACUGCCCAAAAGCACAAGUCUGGAAGAUCCAUGAUGGCAACUAACCAAAGCACAGACGGUGGAAAAAUUGGAGCCAUUGCUGUUGCAGUUGUAGCUGCAAUUUUGCUCAUUAUUUUUGUCAUAUUGGUCAUUCUUUUUGUUAGGAUCAAUUGAAACUCUGCUACAGUGCAGUCAACUGCGUAUUGUAGUUAUUUGACGGCUACUAAAAGUUCUCAAAAAUGGGGGAAGUUGAA